CCCAACGGGGGGAGGCGAAACGCUGCCGAUAUUUUUUGUAAAAUUGUUAAAAUUUUAUUUUUCCCUAAAAAACAUCAAACUCGGCAGGCUUAUAAAUGUGGUUAUCCACGAGGGAGGGAGAUCUGGUCGAGCUCACGAUUCCCGGACGUGGCAGUCGGCACUUUGACGGACAAUUCGCGUGGAGGUCCAUAGUCUUGUCGGAGGACGCGUGGCUGUGGACGUAUAGAGAGCACCAGCCGGCGCAAGGGGUAGGCGUAGUGAGGGCCUACCUGUAUUUAGGGCCAGCUGCGAUCAGGGAAGCUGUAGUGGACCUCGUGACGACAGGGACUAGUGGGACGGUUAGCAGAGCGUUACGGUACCUAGAGGAGGAGGUAGCUGCCUUCCGAGCAGAGGACUCGCGCGACCCGUUGACUCUAUUUCACGGGCGCCCUCCUCUUGAUAUCUCGGGCGGACUGGCGAUAGCACGGGACGGGUUUUUCCCGUACAGCGUUAGGAGUCUGAGAGCGAUAGUGCCGGCUUUCGUGGUAGAGAGCGUCUUUGGAGGCAUUGGAGGAGUGGUGGAGACAUACCUGGCCUAUCAGGAUCUCAAGAUCCUGGCGAGRARCRCUAYAGAYUUAACCUACAUCUAUUAUUCACUCGCGACCGGAGGACUUCGCUGGGGAGACGAGAGGGUUCAGCUUAUAGAGCUGAUCCGCUCGAUAGACGACGAGUGGCCCCAGUCGCCGUGCGUUUGGGAUUGGCUAGACCGAGAGCUCCGAGCAGGACCCGAGUACGUGACCUGCAUCGGGCAGCUUUUCUCAGACGACGAGGAGAGCUGGUGGGCUGAGGACGCCGAGAGACCUCUGAUAUACGGACACCAGUUGGAGCAAUACUACCRAGGUAUUGGACAGGCCCCAUACCGCGUCGAGGACGAGUUUGACGACGGAGGAUGGGAGCGAGAGGACGACGAGAACGUUUGGGAGCCGGACUGGAUUGACCCGGAGGAUGAGAUUGUCGAGGAGGAGCCAGACGCUUCGGACGCCCAUUUCCCCAGGAUAGGAGGGAAGAUCUCAGAGGUCAAGCGCUGUACAAUCUUCAUCGGACACUUGUCCAAAGGUAGGCAAAAAAGUAUACUUAGAGAUCUUCCGCGCGACAGGCUUGAUUUCCCAGAAGUCCUAAAGCUCGCGAUAAAGGCAGAGGCAUACGAUUACAAGGACUUGGUGUGGAGGGGGAUGAGAAGGCGUGACUUCUCUCUCUACAAGGAAUAUGCCACGGAUAGAUGUCCUGAUUUCAAGGACUAUCCCUGGUCGGAGAAGAACGAGGCAGUGGCUGAGGAAGUGAAGGAGAUACGGGAUAUGGUGAAGGGAUUGACGAGGCAGGUUACAGAGAUUGUAUCCACUACAAGGGUCACGACAUACCGGGACAAACCUGGAGGGCCCUAUUCGCUUCGCUGGGACCGCCGGAACAGCGAUCCCUGGAGGAGCGUCGAGGAUAGAAAUCCUCGGACGCUGACUGAUUAUCGGAUGCGAGAAAGCGAGAGAGAUGAGGAACAGUGGCGACGUAGGGACGACGAGAUAGACCGAGACCGCAGAGAUCACGAUGCGUUCGACCUUCAGAAGGUCAACGCGGUGACAAUACGAGACGUGGGCUCAGUGCCACACGCCGAUUUGUUAGCAGAAGGCGCCGCAGGUAGGUCGAUUUAUUCGGUUUGCGAUCUGUUCUCAGGAUACGAUGAGGUGCCGCUAGACCCUAGAGACAGACACCUCACGGCCAUGCACACGCCUUUGGGACUAAUACAGAUGAUGGUUGUCCCUAUGGGGUGGACGAACGGGGUGGCUGUCUUUCAGAGAGCUAUGGUAGCCGUCCUCAAUGACUUCAUCCCUGAUAAGGUUGAAGUUUUUCAGGAUGACUUCCCUAUAAAAGGGUCAGUGGACAGGGAUGAGACGGAGGUCGUACCAGGAGUCAGGAGAUUCGUCGAGCAGCAUCUAAUAAAUAUUUUCGCAGUACUCGAGCAGCUGGAUGAUGCCAAUUUGACAGUAAGCGGAACAAAGAGCCGGUGGACCGUCUCAACGAUAAAGAUCUUGGGGUUUAUAUGUGACUCGAGAGGGCGCCGAGCAGACCCGGCAAAGCUAGACAAACUUUUGAACUGGCCUUCACCGCUACAUAGCCCAACCGAGAUCCGGCAGUUUCUAGGAGUGGUCGGAUACUGGCGGAUAUUCAUACGAGGAUAUGCGGAGAAGGCUGAGCCCUUGAGGAUACUUCUUCGAAAGACUGAGAAAUACUACUGGGAUUCUUCACAGGAACUCGCAAUGCAAGAACUUAAAGAUGAAUUUAAGGAGGGAGGACGCGUGUUGGGAGUGCCAUUCUUUGACGACGGAACCGAGAGACCCUUCAUAGUAUCCACGGAUGCUGGACCAUGUUCAGUAGGAGGUUUGCUGUCCCAGAAGGACGCAGGAGGGAAGGAGAGACCGUUAAGAUUUGAGAGUAUAACACUUAAUACGGCUGAGCGUAACUACAGUCAGUUCAAGAAAGAGGUGUUAGCUGUUCUACGGUGUCUAGAUACGUUCAGACACUAUAUUUAUGGGCGACAGUUUAUCUUGAGAGUAGACCCUACCGCAGUUGCUUCAGUCUUCCAGAAGGACUUUAGUUUGACAGACCCGACCAUCGCCCGAUGGCUGAUACGAAUUCGUCUAUACGAUUACACAGUGGAAAGGAUAUAUGGCACUAAGAAUGCAGUGGCAGAUGGACUUUCGCAGAUCCCUCUUGAAGCCGAGCGCCCGAUAAUAGCUGGGGCUCUGACGCUGGCGGAGCCAAGACGCGCUGGGAGAUUUCUGGUUAACCUUUACGAGGGCAAGUACCGAGCGAUCGGGCUGCACCUGAUGGGUGAGGAGAGUCCAGAUUCAGAUAUUCGGAAGCAAGCUGUCAAGUAUUGCCUUAGAGCGGGCCACCUUUUCCGAAGACUGGUAGGGUCAGGAAUGCCCUUACGAGUGGUCUGUGAUUCUGAGGAGAGAAGGAUGAUAGUUGCAGAGCUUCACGACGGGGUAGUCGGAGGACAUAGGGGAAUUAAAGGAACCCACGAGAAGGUACGCAGGCUGUACUGGUGGGAAGGACAGUAUAAGGACGUCGAGAGGUACUGUAUGACAUGCGAAGAAUGYCAGRAGAGGGCUCAUGUAAGGUACAAAGAACCACUUCAUCCAUCCUAUCCGACCAGGYCAGGAGAGAAGGUACACAUAGAUCUAGUGAAAAUGYCAAAAGGAGUAGGCRAUAUGAACUACGUCGUGAAUAUACGAGACGAUUUCACYGGGUUCGUCGAYGGUAAGCCUAUCAGGAGUAAGGUAGCAAGGGAGGUAAAGAACUUCGUCCUAGAAUACUUAUCUAGGUAUGGUUGUAUCGGCAAGAUAGUGAUGGACAGAGGAUCGGAAUUCCUGGCUGACGAAUUUCAGGAAGUGUUCAAGAGAGCUGGGGCGAGAGUUUCGGUAGCCACCGCCUAUCACCCACAGACGAACUCCCCAGUAGAGAGAGGACAUCAGACUCUGAUAGCGUCGCUGUCCAAGUGGUGCAAGGGUAAGGAUAGUGAUUGGCCACGAUAUUUUCGAUAUGCAAUAUGGGCGGACAACGUCACGGUCCGGGCUAGUACCGGAUACCCACCCUACACUUUGUGGUUUGGGCGACAUUGCCCGCUUCCCAUAGAGUUUCACGUCGAUAGCUGGAUAACCGUCGACUGGGCGAAGGAGAUGUCCAGGGAGGAACUUAUAACUGCUCGGAUAAGACAGAUAGCCUAUGGCUUGGAAGAUAACCUCAUGACAGCGGCAGAUCGCCUGGCAGUGGAAAGAGACAAGGGUAAAGAGAGAUGGGACAAGGAUGUGAGAAUAAGGAGAGAGAAGGUGAGUGUAGGAGAUAUGGUCCUUCUCUACGAUGCCGCGCUUGAAAGGACUUGGACGGGAAAACUCGCCAACAGAUGGAUGGGGCCUUACAGAGUGGUUGAGGCACUUGACUGGGGAGCAUAUAUGAUAGCGGAGUUGGACGGAGCAAAGUGGAGAGACCCAAUGACGGGAGCCAGGCUAAAGCUGUUUAGGCCCAGAACCCAGGCCGCUUUGUCGUUAGCCGGGAGAGGGAAGGCCAAGAUGGAGGAUGGAACUCCCCCGAGGCGAUAURAGGCAGGAGAGAGUUCCAAGAAGAGGAAAAGAGGGAAAAAAGAAAGGUCAAAGGGUUGGCUUUAGGAAGAAAGAAGGGAUGGUUAUUCGUGCUUACGAGGGCCAAACGAAG